GGACCCUGCAGCUUGGGCUCUGCUUCCCUGCUCUGCAGGACUGAGCCGAGGCGAGAGCUAACGCAAACAGCUGUGCCUGCGAGCCCAGCCAGCUCGCCGAGCGAGGGGGAGAAUCCUCUCACCACGCCGCCGCCGCCGCCUCUCCCCUCCUUCCUGCGCUCGCUCCCGCUCUCGCCUCCCCUGGAAACCUCCGCUGCCAGCUGAGCCGGCGUUCCCAGGCGCCGCUGGGGCUCUCGGGAUGAGGCGGAUCAGGGCUAAUGCCAUCGCCAUCCUCACCGUCGCCUGGAUCCUGGGCACUUUCUAUUACUUAUGGCAGGACAACAAGCCCCAUUCAGCAGCAUCCAGCAGAUCCCCCAGCAGCAGCAGCAGCACCAGGAACGGGCAGAGACCAGCCGGGCGGCUGGAGAUCCACCGGGAAGACAGGACCAUCCCCCUCAUUAUGACAAGGGCUCCUCAAGGAGAGAAGAACAGCUGGAGGGGUUUUGACGAAAAGGCUUACUUGUCUUCAAAGUUGCUGAAGGCCGGAGAAGACCCCUACCGCCAACAUGCUUUUAAUCAGCUAGAGAGCGACAAACUCGGCAGCGAUCGGCCCAUUCGGGACACCAGGCAUUACAGGUGCGCCUCUGUACGCUAUGACACAGACUUGCCAGCUACGAGCCUCAUCAUCACCUUCCACAAUGAGGCUCGCUCCACCCUACUGCGCACGGUGAAAAGCGUCCUGAACCGCACCCCUCCCAGUCUCAUCCAGGAGAUCAUUUUGGUAGACGACUUCAGCUCAGAUCCUGAGGACUGUCAUCUCCUUACCAAGAUCCCAAAAGUCAAGUGUCUACGCAACACUCGGCGAGAAGGGCUGAUUCGCUCUCGGGUGCGAGGAGCUGACAUGGCCACCGCUGACAUCCUCACCUUCUUGGACAGUCACUGUGAAGUCAACAGCGAGUGGCUGCAGCCGAUGCUUCAGAGAGUGAAAGAGGAUUAUACCCGAGUGGUGAGUCCAAUCAUUGAUGUUAUCAGCCUGGAUAAUUUUGCCUACCUGGCAGCAUCAGCAGAUCUGAGGGGAGGAUUUGACUGGAGCCUUCACUUUAAGUGGGAACAGAUUCCUAUAGAGCAGAAGAUGUCCAGAACAGACCCAACACAGUCUAUAAGAACCCCUGUCAUAGCAGGAGGCAUCUUUGUGAUUGACAAGUCUUGGUUUAACCACCUGGGAAAAUAUGAUACUCAGAUGGACAUCUGGGGAGGAGAGAAUUUUGAGCUCUCUUUCCGAGUAUGGAUGUGCGGUGGCAGCUUGGAGAUCAUUCCCUGCAGUCGAGUGGGACAUGUGUUCAGGAAGCGCCAUCCCUAUGACUUUCCUGAGGGCAAUGCAUUAACUUAUAUCAAGAAUACCAAGCGCACAGCAGAGGUGUGGAUGGACGAAUACAAGCAGUACUAUUAUGAGGCCCGGCCAUCUGCCAUUGGCAAGUCAUUUGGAAGCAUUGCAGAGCGAGUGGAGCAGCGCCGCAAACUGAACUGUAAAUCCUUCCAGUGGUAUCUGGAGAACGUCUAUCCAGAACUCAAGGUUCCUGAAAAGGAGUUAAUUCCGGGGAUAAUUAAACAAGGAGGAAAUUGCCUGGAGUCUCGGGCACAGGAUAUGACAGGGAACAUGUUGGCUGACAUGGGAAACUGUAAAGGGACAGUGAACAAUCCACUUGUCACUCAGGAGUGGAUAUUCAGUGACCCACUAAUUAGACAGCAGGACAAGUGUCUUUCCAUUACCUCCUUCUCCACUGGCUCUCAAAUCACACUGGAAGCCUGCAAUCAGAAAGACGGCAGACAGAAGUGGAAGAUGAAAGGCGGCUUCAUUCAACACUUUGUCAGCGGUCUCUGCCUGGAAAACCAAGCUGGAAGAGUGGUGACCAACCCUUGCCAAGCAGAUGUACCUGGCCAACAGUGGGAGUUGCUACAAGCCACAUGAUGGUAGCACAGAGAUGUCCUUGUUUCUUUGUGCAUGAGAUCUUGGGAAUGGAAGGUGAUUAGGAAGGGAGAACUGGUUUAGUAUGUCUAACCCUAAAUGUUUUCAUCAUGCCCAUCAGCAAGCCACCAUUUCAGCUGAGCACUUCAUGUUUUUGAGCUUUUCAAAGAAGAAGCUGGGGGUGAGAGAGGGUGAGGAGUGUUGUUGAAAUUGGCCCAUCUGAUUUCAAUUCUCCUCUGUAACUGAUGUCUGUGCACAAUAGCACACAGAGUGAAGAAAGAACCCAAUCCAAUAAGUGACCAGAACUGCCUUGUAGCUCUCCUCAUCCAUUCCUUUCUCUGCAACCAGAGCCCAUGACCUUCGGUCCAACAAAUUAGAUGAUGAUUGUACAAGUAGUUGGCAGCUCUUCAGCUUCCCUGUCUUUUUUGCCCUACCAUCGUGCAUCAUUUAUGCAUGUGUGUGCUGCUGUGUUGCAGUAAGGACUGGCCAGUAGAAGAGUCAUCAUGAUUAGUGGAGAGGCUAGGAGGGGAUUAGCAGACCCUUAAGACAGAAUUGUAAUUUCUUUGCAGUAGGCCUGUUCCUUCCUCUGCCUGCAUAAGCUGCUCUGCAACCUAAUGGGCCAAGACUGGGAAAUGAGGCCCAACUCUGACAAAGCAACUGGGAAAGGGAUGAUCUGUUCUAGCAGCAGAGCCAGAGUUUGUUUGGGGGGCUACUCCCUAUUGAGUUUCUAUUCCCUGUUUUCUAUUGGUGGAAGGUCAGCACUGCCUCAGCAAGUAAACUAAUCCCCAGUCAGCCCAGCUGGACCCUGCCUGAGACUGGGUUCAGGAUGCCAAAUUCCUGUGGAAAAGAGCCUCUGGAUGAGGGACCUUCCACACAGGAACCUGGCACCCACCCUGGCCUGCAGUGUGUGUGUGUGUCCCCUGCUGCUCCUCUAGUCUGUCACCAACUGGUCUGGCGGUCAGGAAACAAGUGCCUAAGCCCUGGGACACAGGGGAUGCUGGAGCCACUCUCCAGCUGUACUGCAUGAUGCUGCCAGACACUGCUCAGCCUUGCAGUAAUGCAAAGAGCUGCUCUGGCAGAGUGUGCUGGCAAUAUCGCUGUAUUCAGAGCUGACAAGUGGAGAGAGGCACCAGCCUGAGGAAGGAGCACAUAUGACUCCCCCCUUGCAUGGAGGAAGGCAGAGGCUGCCCCUGCGUUAUCACAGGGUUCCUGCUACUGGCCAGGCUGAAGCACAGCCCUCUCACUGGCUCCCCACCUGAGUGUGGCCUGUGUGGACAUGGCCAGAGUGACAAGCCACCUGAUCCUUCUGCUUAGUUGCUUCCCCCUGCCUGGGGCAGGAGACUAAAAGGCCUGGGGCUGUUCCACUUGUGAUGCUCAGCUCUCCUCCCUGGGACCAGCUUGAGAAAGUUAGUUGGUAAAACUGAAACUGCUGUUUGCCUCUCCCAGAGAUGCAUAUUUGUGCACUGUGUAAAUACCACCAAGGUAUGAGUCUGCCCUGAUAGAUGUCUCCUUUGUGUUCUGGGGAUAUGAAGGAUGACUGGUGUAUCUAGCUAACAUCCCAUUCCCGCUUCCAGUGACUGGAUGAGUUUGGGUUCUUAGACCUGCCAGGGGAAGUUUACAUAUUCAAAGAAAAUGAAAAAUCCCCACAACGUUAGCUUCUCCUACUAGAUCUGUUUAACUUUCCUAUUGGAGCUAGGUUUGUAAACUAACACCCUUCCCCAAGAGCCUGGCAGAGGGACCAUGUGAUUUGGCUACCUUCAGUAGACAAUUGUUUGCCUGGGUCUCUCCUAAUCUGGUGUAAAAGAGACAGAGGAUGCUCAUUUGGAUUCUGAACAGCUGACUGCUUUUGAUCAUGUUUGUAUCACUUUUUAAUUCUUUCUCUCAACUUGUUAUUAGCCCAAACAGUUGACAAAAGAACAGAUACAGUUCUUUGUAUGCAUAUUUGUAUGUGCUCAGGAGUGGUUGUGUGAGAACUGAAGGAUUCUUUUUUUCCUGUUCUUGGCUCUUUUUUUUAUUUGAAAAAUGAGGUUAUUCAUGCAGUUGGGUGGCAGGAGCUCUUUUCCUGUUUCCCCCUUCACUUUGACAGCAGCUCACCAUCUUGACACUCUGAUUAACCAAAUGAACAACUGGCCAGCACAGUGAAAACUCAGGAGGCAAUUUCCUUCAUCCCCAUGCUUACAGCAUGGAGCAGCUAUACUUAUGUGUGGGAAGGAGGGCACUGACCCUGCAGAUUCUUCUCCUCUUUCCCUGCAGAGAUGCUUAGAGAGGCUUCGACUGCUGACACCGCAGCUUAGAAGAAACAGGACAGAGCAGGGAACAAAAGAAAAUAGCCUAGGAAAGGGAAGAGGGCAGGGCAGCCAGACACCAUCAGGGAUGGAGAGAUGCCAUCUUACUGGUAGUAGUUUUUUUAGACAAGAAGAUGCAGGAGAUGCUACUCUUCCUCAUUAGGUCAAAUUCUCACAUACCUGGCUAGAAAAAAGUUGAAGCAAAGACAGACAAAAGACCAGUGAGCAGGUACUGUAUAUAAUCUCUGUAGACAAUAAAAUGCUUAAGGAUUACAUAUUUUCAUCAAAACGCAUUGUAAGGGGACCAUCCAAGCUUCCCCCAUUUCGCUCCCCAGCAGGCCAAGGGUUGCAGCUAACAGCCUGUUCACUCCUCCACCAGGUACUGCUUCCUUCCUUCUUGCUCCCACUGUGUAUGUGCAGCUUUCUUGCAGCUUCUUCUUCAUAAUCUUCAUGGGACCAGGACCCAGCUCCUCUACAAACAUAUUUCCUGACUGCUGUGGAUAACAGGAACCCUGCUUCUAUACAGUCUCCAAGCUCUGAGUCAGCCCUGGGUCAAGGGGCUCUUGUUAGCACGCUGGCUACUGCCCUUGACUUUGUGCUUGGCUCCUAUGCUGAAGGUUACUGACUGCUCCCAGAGCAGAGGUAACUGGACUAACAUUUGUCUGUGUGUGCCUCUGUUAGCACCGUUCACCACCCGGCAUCCAUCUGGGGCUGUGAGCUAGGGCAGCUGAAGUUUGGACACUCUCCUUGUUCAGGUGCCCUAGCCUGGGGUGGAGAAGGGAAAGGGAGGGCAGAUGCUAGAGGUCAGUAACUUAAACUGCCCCUUCCAGUUAAGAGCUAGCAGAGUCUCAAAUCUACCCAGUUCUGAACAUGUUAUCCUGAGGUGGCCUCCCCUCUGCUGUACCCUACAGGCAGCCAAAGCACUGCUCACCAGACCUUCCCGCAGGCCCAGUGCAGACCUCCCCACACAUCUUCAUACAGAGGCCAUUGGUUUUCUCUGGGUUUUAGCAACUGCUGAAAAGAAUAGGCAUUACAAAAGGCUGCUUUCAAGUAUGGGCAAACUAAACUGUUUUGGAAGAGGGCUCCAGAGGGGUUUUUUGAAAGAAAACUGCCUGAGCCCUCAGAUUUGGCCCAAAGCUUUGUUUCUUUAACAUUCAGAACAAGCCGCUGCUCAUUCUUGUUUUCCUUACUUUAAACGGACCCCUAGACUGUGAAGACAGAGCAUUCACAUUGGUGAUGUUCGUUAAGAAAGCUGUUACUAUAUCAGAAGAUCCAAUGUAAUUUCAUGUGUUAUGUGGAGACUGAUGGGGAGUUAUUUAAGAGGAGCCAAAAUUACUGUUGUACAGAAAUCAAUCUCAAAGGGUUUAUUUUCCCCACUCUGUUGUAAAUUGCACUUUGCUAGAUGUAAGUUAUGUGGAAGCCAGAUUUGUUUUCCCUUUUCUUAAAGAAAGCAUGUGCCAGACUCUGUUUAAUGCCUGGAAUAAAAUCUAAUUUGAAACAA